AUGGUCAAAAUCGCGAUCGCUGGCGGAUCUGGCGACGUUGGCCAGGAGAUCCUUGACACACUUCUUGCCACCAAGAAGCACGAGAUUCUGCUCCUCUCCAGAAAGAAUGCCUCCGUUGAAGAGAUGGCGCCUGCCGUAACAUGGGUCCAGACGAACUACAAGGACCCCCAGAAGCUGGCGGAAAUACUGCAGGGCGUCCAUACGGUGCUCUCAUUCAUCGUUGUGCACUCGGACACAGGCAACAUGGCCCAGAAACACCUGAUCGAUGCUGCCGUUCAGGCUGGUGUGAAGCGAUUCGCGCCUAGCGAAUGGGCUUCAUCAUCUUUCGAGCACAUGAGCUGGUAUGCUGGCAAAACUGAGAUCCGUAAAUAUCUCAAGAGGUUGAAUAAGGAUAAAAAGGCUCUUGAAUAUUCGCUCUUCCAGCCGGGCUUGUUCAUGAAUUACUUCACCAAUCCUUACAAGACCGCCAAACACGUUACUCCCAUCGAAACCCCAAUCGACUUCAACAACCGCCGAGCCCUUGUGGUAGAAGGCGGUGAUAAUGACCGCAUCACCCUUACGACGGUCCGAGAUCUUGCCAAUGUGGUAGCUCGAGCCAUUGACUAUGAUGGCGAGUGGCCAGUCGUCGGUGGCAUCAAAGGCGCCGAGCUCACGGUUGGGCAACUCAUUUCUCUUGGCGAGAGGAUCCGUGGCGGACAGUUUGCCGUUGAGAGGCUCAAGGCCGACGAUCUUGCAUCUGGGGAACUCAAAUCCUCGUGGCGACCUAAAGCCGGCCCCCCGGCCUUUCCGCGCGAGCAGUUUGACGCCAUCUCGGCGAUGCUCAUGUCUGACUACAAGUUUACAAAGGCCGAGGACUUCUUGGCCGAGGCCUGGAGCGAUGCCGCGGAGCCGCCGGCAUCAGCCAAGAAUUUCCAGAAGAAGGUUGGGGACAGACUAGGCCGUGUUGAAGCCAUGAUUGAGCAGCUGACGACCAAUGCCAAGCAUGGCAGCGACCUCUAA